UUUUUUUUGCCUCCAUCACACCACACCACUCCACGCAACAACGGGGUUCGCUCGUUAUACACCCGAGAACCUUCUUAUGGUACCAUUCCUGUUGUGUUGACCGUUCUUUCUUCUUGAUAAAAAUAUUUUUCGGGCUGUGCCGAAUCGCCGACGGAGCUUUCAAGAUCAACAAGUAUCAUAAGUAACUUAACUAACGUACGUACACGCACGAACAAACGACAUUCCAGUAGCCUACAAUAUCAAACUAAUAACUAGUUAAAACAGCAGCAGCCUUUGUCUGUCAGAGCUCCCUCUCCUCUCCCUUCCUUCCUCAGGGAUUACAUACUUUGGCAUUAUUGGCACAGGUAGACCCUACUCUAUUAUUGCUGCUAUUUAUUAUCAUCGCUAAAUGCAGCACUAAGAAAAAACUCAGUUUCUGUUAAGUUCCUUCUAGGCUUUCUAAUAAUACAAGACAAGGCCUCAGGCCCAGAAUCCACCCCUCCAGGGAUUAAUAUCGAGAAUUCGGUCUUCCCUGUGCUGUGUUUGCAGGACCCUGGGUGGGGGGUGGCCUACAAGGGCUCCCGUUUCGUGUGUAAUGGACAUGGACAUGAUGGACAUAAGUUUAUGUUGUGAUUCACUCAUGCAUGAUAGAGAAGACUACUAAUAUGCAGAGCUGGCGUUGAGGCACGCUGAGGACCUGGUGGGACAAAAAAGAGAGGGUUUUUCUAGAGACCCUUUUUGACAUGUUGGAUGUACCGUGCCAUGUACAGUACAAAUUAGAUAUGAAUUAUUAUUGUACGUGUGUACACAUCAAUUGUCAAUAAUUGCUAUAUAUGUUAUGAAUGUAUGGUUAAUUGCAAAGUUUGUCAGAUCUUACCGAAGUGUAUACAAAAAGUGCCAAAACUUUAUCUACAGCCACCAAAAAUCCCCCCCACCUUGAAGUUUAAAAUCUACGCAUGGAUAAGUACAAUUGUACGUACAUUACAGGUCUCUUGGAUUUGCAUCCGAGAGGACCAUCAGAGGAAGAGAAACAAUGCAUCUAUCAUGACCUUUCCCAUUUGAUAUAGAUAUCCGCAAGCUGAGCAUCAUGGAUGAUACAUAGGAAGGUGACAGACGACAUUCCCCAGAUAUGUGUAGUAAAUCAGGAAGUUAGUUAUAUACGCAGCGUAUGUCGUGUCUAUGUCCAGUACUCCGUACUUGAGACUCGAUAUCGUCCCACCUCCCUCCCCAACGCUAUCCAUCCAUGGGAAGCUCUGGCGGCGGUGGUAGCGAGGACACAGAGAAAAGACUAAAGACUAGACCUUGCCGCCGCCGGGGUCCCGCCACCAACUUCCCUGUGUUGUCUUGCCUGGCUGUCUUUUGCCUGUCUUUUGCCUGUCUUUUUCCUGUCUUUGCCUGUCUUGCCGGUCUUGCCCUUGCCUGUCAGUGAGUGCAGUGUCUUUUUUUGAGUCGCCUUAUCGCGCCAGGUUGUGGGUCCGCGUUCUUGCUCCUCCUCCUCGUGCGUUGCUGCGGCUGCUGCUCUUCUUCAUCUUCUUCAUCUUCUUCUUCCUCUUUUCUUCUUUUCCUCCUCCUUCUCCUCUUCUUUUCUUUCAAUUGCCAAUCUCCCAGUUAAAUCGUCCCCUCUAUUUUGCCGUUGAUUUCCUCUGCUGUCGUUUGUCGUUUGUUUUUGUAUUAUUCCUCUUCGUCUUCCAGGUUUUCCAGUUUUUUUUUUUUUUCUUCCUUGAUUACUCUAGUAGUUAGUUCCUCUACCCCCGUUCUUCUAAUACUCUUCUCUUCCAUCUCCAGUCUAUCAUUUAGACUGUUUGUGCCAUAACCUCUCUCUCCUAUUAUACAUUAUCUUCCCAAGACUGGGCAGGGCAGCUUGGGGAUCUAUCUACAAGGUAAUUUGAAACUGUCUCUUUGUGUUGUUGUCUAGUUCUUUUUCUUCAUGGUUUAGCCACCAUCGUUUGCCGCCCUUGCUAUCUAUCAUGAGCCCCCAUCAUACAGCCAGCAUCCCGCAGAAGCUCUGCAUCAGAAGCAAUCCUCCCUUCGCACAGGAAGCUCUAGAUUGCUUGCUCGCUUAGCUGGAAUCAAAAAGCAGCCUCCUCUCUUGCCUGCCUAUCCCCCGCAUAUCUUGGCUUCUAGAGAAGUUGGUGCUACUACUAUCCCUGCUUCUCUAUCCCCGACCCCCCCUCCGCCACGCAAAAAGGCCCGUUGGAGAAUGGAGAUCAUGCAUUUCGCCUCCAGGAGGGAUUGCUGCUAUAUUUUUCACAUCCUCCACAAGUACUUAUUUAACAGGACGGGAGUUUCUUAUCUUCGUUUUAAAAAAAUUUCCCCUCUCUAGUGGAGGAAACUCUUGUCUCUCGCAUCUACCCUUAUUCCGAGCCUUUUUUUUCUUUUUCUAGGUCUACUUUCCACAACACAAAGCCUACGUUCAAGUCUUACCUUCUGGUCUGAAAACCAGCACCAGCAGUGGAUGUAUCUACAGAGAUAGGAUUGCUUCUCUGCCCACUUGUGACAUAACAAGUCGGCCGUAUGCCCUACACUCCACCAUCUCCGUUGUUCAAUUCGCAAGUUCGCCCUCAGCCUGCUUCUGCUGGCUCUUCGCCGCCUAGUGUUCACCAUGAGCGACACAAAUCCGAGCCAGUUGUGAACCUCGUGGGAUAUUCACGCAGCCAAUCUUCCCCGCCGUCGAGCUCUUACAUCUAUCGCCAUCGACGGAGCCCAACCCACUCUCACCAUAUGUCGAAUCUAGGGCAGCAAGAUAUCGAACCCAACUCGAAAAGGAGGAGUAGCUCGUCAUCGUCAAAUGCCACCCCCGGUGCAGCCUUGUGGAAGUCUCCAUCAGGUGCGAUGAUCCCGACAGGGGCAGUUAUCUCACCCCCGGACUCGAAAUCCAACUCGAGCGAUGAGGAAGGGAAGUCUACAGAAGGGUUGGAGGGAGAUAUCUCAAAGGAUUUUGAGGCCGUAAUAAUGUCCAUCGAUCAGAGCUCACUUCAAACCCCCCCCAGCAGGAAAGGACCUGGCGCCAAGGCUGCUUCAAUUUCAAAACACACCCCAACACCAUUGGACUUGUCGAUGGCAUUAGCUACAGAGGCACAGCAGUCCCGUGUUAAGUCUCGCCUGAAGAAAGACACAUCAGGCGUGCCUCAUCCCAAUUCCUCGGAUGUAGCAACCCAUACCCCUGAGGAUAGCGACCGUGGCGAGGAUGAGAUGGAUCUCAGCACUAAGGCGUCUAUGGUGCGAAAGAAGUCCGGAGAACUUGUGAGGCCUGCGCUUCGACCGAAGAGAAGGCCCUGCAGUGCUCCAGGCACACCAGUAUUCUCAAAGGCAGUCCAUUUCGACUCUCAAUUGGAGCAUAUUCGCCACUUCCUUCAGAUUGACAAACCUCUCGCUGUCAGUGCAGGUUCUUCCCCCGUGGAGGACUACGACGGUGAUAGCGAAUUUCCCUUCGACCUAGAUCCGAACGGACCUUUCCAAUCAAAGUCCAUUGAGUGGGAAGCUCGGAUCGCGAAUUUCCCAGAUGAUCUGGAAGCGAGAAAGACCAUGCCCGUCCGCCUGGAGCGGAUGUUCUUAUCGUCAGAUUACAAGAAUCUUGUUGGUGUGGUUUCCGUUGCCAAUAUUUCUUUCCAGAAGCAUGUUGUGGCGCGAUUCACAUCAGACUAUUGGAAAACAACGUCCGAGGUUGUUGCCGAGUAUAACGACGAUGUUCGUCGUAGUCAAGCAACCGAUGGCUAUGACAGAUUCAAUUUCACCAUCAACUUAGGGGACAUGGGAAACCUUGAAUCCAAACGGAUGUUCAUUUGCAUACGUUAUAAUGUCAAUGGCCUUGAAUUCUGGGACAACAAUAACCUGAUGAACUAUCAUAUCGACUUUUUGAAAAAGCCCAAGGUGCAAAAUGUGGGACGGCCCGGAAAGGGCUCUGCAGGUUUUCGACCAUCAGGGCCUAUCCCUCGGAGCAAACCCUCGUCCUUGAGUAAUUCUCGCUCAAAAUCUGUACCUCCUUUCCCUGCAGAGCCCGGAUUCAAGUCUCCCCCUUUGCCUGCCGUGCCCAAUCACCAUCGACCUAAAAGUUCCGCAGUGAAAUCGUCAGCUUCCCAGAAGGAUGAUGAUUUCCACGAUCCACCCCCCAUCCGGAGAACUUCCCCUACCCCUCGCACGUUUGGACACCGCUAUGAUUUUGGAGCAUCGUUGUCAGCUGCAAUGCAGCCUGGAAGCGCUGAUCAGACCCGCCGUGGCAAACAUGCUGACAAGACAACGUUUUCGCCCGACUCCAUUAUUCCAGACAAGUCCGCGAGGCGUGAACCCUUUGAGCCCCCCGUGGCAGCCUCUCCAGGAGUUUCUCAACUUCGUACAUCCUCGCCUGGUCCGAUGAGACAUACCGACCUUGUGUCAGGACAGCCUUCUCAUCAAUCGCCACUGUACAAGGAACUCGUGGAUAAGUACUGCUUCUAUGGAUCUUCCAAGACAGACUCACACGCAACAACCCAUUUUUCUCGAAAAUCACCUAUCACCGCACCUCGGGACAAUGAAACCAUGACAACUGAUGCUCCUACCAGUGCGGAGUCUGCGCUGUCGCCGCCGCCGCCGUCGCCUCAGGAAGCAUCUGAUAAUGAAAAGCAGCCAUCUCCGUCGAAGCCAACCAAUGACGAUCAACGAUCUCCAAGGCACAUCUCACCCAGUCGAUCCCCAGGGACCCCUGAACGGGCUUCUUCUUCCUCACCUAAUCCACCUUGUCCGAAUUGCUUUACUCUUCCAUAUCACCAGUCGAUGCAUAUGACGUUAUCUGAAUCCCCCACUCAAACAUUUAUUCGAGGAUAAAUCCAGCAGCAGCGCCGGUCCGUUGUACGCUGUUUCCAGUUUCCACCCGACUUCUAAUUCCUCACGUGAACCUCUCGUUGAUUGAUAGGAGGGUAAAAGGUGUAGCUACCUUUUCUUGAAUCCUCUAGAUCACGGAUAGGGCCGCGGCUGUGAUUGGAUGAAGGAAAGGGAACGAAACGAAACGUAACGGAGUUGGCUAUUUAUGUUUUUCUUCUACCCCCUUCAUGACGGAUGAUUAAACUCUCCGUGCUAUACUACUGUUAUUAGCAGACCAACCUACCGUUUUCGGUAUUACAUUCCUAUCACUGUUUGGAAAAAACUUGACGGUGCCACUGAACAUAUGGAGAGGAGUUUUGCUUUGUGCGAUUUAGUUGACGUCUUCAUGUUUUUACGCCUUUCCCAUGUCUCUUCCCAUUUCCCAUUUUUAAUCUCUGUUUCUUUUUUUUUUUUUUUGGUUUCC